CGAGCAAAUACUCCAGUGAUAUUAUUCAGGACAGUUUCUGUAGACGGGGUUAACCCUGAGUGCCUCAUCUGCCAGAACCACAGAACAAGAACAUGACGCAUGAUAUUCACAACUCAUCUUUCGACUUCUACAACGGCACACCAUGGUUCGUCUACGACUGCACCAUUCACUUAGAUGCGGAUGGCCGGCGAAUCGCUCUUUUCCUUCUUUACCUAGGCCUGUUCAUGGUGGGACUGGCAGAGAACACCAUUGUAGUGUGGGUAAACUGGAAAAGACGGCAUUCAGCGAAUGGGGUGCUGUUCUGCAUCAUCAACGUGAGCUUGUCUGAUUUGAUGGUGAUCUUCACCAUGCCGUUCUUCAUGCUGGAGGUGACCAUGGACAAGGUCUGGCUGUGGGGACGCUUUCUUUGCAAGGUCACACACCUUGUGUAUGUUAUCAACUUCUACAGUAGCUCCUUCUUCCUGGCCUUCAUGACCCUGGAGAGAUACCUGUCCCUGACAAGGCCCAACACUCUUGCCUGCUUCCCACAGCAGCACAAACGCCGCUGGUUGCUCUGCGCCGGGAUCUGGCUCCUUUCUCUCUUGCUGGCCUUGCUUGAGAACGUCCAUGUUGACCUGUUGGAGUGGGAUGAACCGGGUUGCUACAUGGUUCCUGAGCAGUACCACACAGAAUGGUUUCUGUCCGUUUCCUUCCUAUGCCUGAUUUUCCAGUUUCUGGCUCCAGCGUCUGUCAUUAUAACCUGCAACUUCUUGAUCGCCAGAGCCGUCCGCACUGCUCCAGAGGUCCAGAAUCGUCGGGAUGUCUGGUUGGUACAUGUGUACUCACUGGUCUUUGUGGUCUGCUGGCUACCCUACCAUUUGGUGUUGUUCUUGUUGACAGUGGAUGAUAUGGACCCACAUCUGUUCUCCUGCAAUACGGUUGGGGUGCUGUACUAUUCGUUUAGCCUUGUGCAAUGCUUGUCGCUCUUUCAUUGCAUCGCCAACCCAAUCCUCUACAACUUCCUCAGCCAGAGCUUCCGCAACAAUUUAAUAAACGCAGUGAUCAGCCGCAUCUCUUUAUCUCCUGCCAGUGCACCUGCGAAUGCAGAAGCCGACAACAAAGGAACAACAGCAGUAAAAGAGAGGAAGCUCAGUAACGCUAGCACAAGUCACUCUGACAUUGGCGCAUGAACUAUUAAGUGACGAUGAAGGAAGUUGCUAUGAAAAAAAGUGGCCUUGUUAAGGUGCUUGCAAUUGGUCAGUUGCCUGGUAACUAGCCAUAUUUUCUCCUGUUUUUCUCACCUCAGCAUUGCAAACAGUGCAAGGAAGGAAAUAUCGCCAACCUUUUGUAACCUCUAUUUCCUCUAGUUCCUAUUGACACAUCUAGGAACUCCAGGAUAAUAAAAGCUCUAUCCACAUGCCAGUGUUUGUACAACUGUUUUUUUUUUUUUUUUGUUCGUUCACUUCAACAACAACUUUCA